AUGAUGGAUGAAGAAUCCACCAAGCGUUACGCCCAAGCAGCCGGAGAUGGGCAGAAGCAGAAACAAGCAGAGCGAGGGAGUAAAGUUCAGGGUGGUCAGGAGGAGAGAGAGAUCACAGUCCUGCCACGGAGGACAACAGACCAGGAGGAAGAUACCGCAGAGAUGGCCGCCUCGUCCUCCUGCUGCUCAUCCUGUAUCCGUCUGAAGGACCGCUGCCCCCGGCCACAGGGACUCAUCAACCUGCUCAUCACCAAAGUGUGUCUGUUCGCUCUGCUGUUCGGGGUCGUCUGGUCCAUCACAGGAAAUCAGUGUUUACCUGGAGGGAACCUGUUCGGCAUCGUCAUCCUCUUCAUCUGCUCCGUGCUCGGAGGGAAGCUGGUGGGAAUGAUCCAGCUGCCCACGCUGCCCCCCUUUCCUCCUUUACUUGGGAUGCUGCUGGCCGGACUGGUGCUCAGGAACGUCCCCUACAUCACCGACGCCGUCUUCAUCGAUACCCACUGGUCUUCGGCUCUGAGGAACAUCGCCCUGUCCAUCAUCCUGACCAGAGCUGGACUGGGUCUGAACCCGUCUGCGCUGAGUCGUCUGAAGGCCGUCUGUGUCCGUGUUGCCGUCGGCCCCUGCAUGGUGGAGGCCUGCGUCAUCGCCAUAGUCUCCCACUUCCUGCUGGGUCUGCCCUGGGUGUGGGGCUUCAUCCUGGGUUUCGUCCUGGCUGCCGUGUCUCCAGCUGUCGUCGUUCCGUCCAUGUUGCUCCUGCAGAAAGAAGGCUACGGGGUGGAAAAGGGAAUCCCCACCCUGCUGAUGGCUGCUGGGAGUUUCGAUGAUAUUCUGGCCAUCACCGGGUUCUCCACCUGCCUGGGAAUCGCCUUCUCUACAGGGGCCACCUGGAUGAACAUCCUGAAGGGUCUGCUGGAGGUGGUGGGGGGGAUCAUAGCUGGGAUGGUCCUGGGACUGUUCCUGUGCCUGUUCCCCAGCAAUGACCAGGAGGACCUGGUCUUGAGGCGGACGCUCAUGCUGUUAGGUCUCUCCAUAUUUUCCGUCUUCUUCAGUCACGUCGUUGGUUUUGCCGGAGCUGGGGGACUCUCCACGCUGGUGUUGGCCUUCCUCGCCGCUCUAGGCUGGAAGUCCGAGAAGGCCCCGGUAGCAGCCAUGGUGGGACGCUCCUGGGAUGUUUUCCAGCCGCUCCUGUUUGGUCUGAUCGGAGCAGAGAUCACCAUCGCAAAGCUCAACCCCAGCACUGUAGGUCUUGGUUUGGCCUGCAUUACUAUCGGUCUGGUGAUCCGCCUCCUUGUCACCUUCCUGCUGGUUCACUUUGGAGGAUUCAACCUGAAGGAGAAACUCUUCAUAUCAGUGGCCUGGCUGCCGAAAGCCACCGUACAGGCUGCUAUCGGCUCGAAGGCGCUGGACAUGGCGAGGGACGAAGGUGACGAGACCUUAAUCAAGUUCGGCUUGGACGUGCUAACGUUAGCGGUGUUAGCCAUCCUGACCACGGCCCCCAUCGGGGCUUUAGGUAUCGGCCUGGCAGGACCACGCCUCCUGGCCCGACAGGUCAAAGACGACACAGAGGGCGGAGCCAAGACCCAGAGUGGUGCCGAAACAGGUCAAGAAAAAGACAACGUGACUAUUGAGAGCAAACUAUGA